AAAGACUUCCCAUUCCUCUCCGUGUACUUUAAACACGAAAGAAAAUUACCAAGGAUUAAACACCUAUGGCCAAUUGUUAAAUUUGUUCAGUUCUUGUCCUCACGGCUCUCAUAUCGGUUAAGUAGAAAAGAAGCACAGACUCAGUCGUUCCGCGAAUUCUUUGAUAAAUUAUCAAACGAUGAUUCGGUAAAUACAAUGAUCGAUGCUUUCAAAAAAUUUGAAGAGGCGUGGAAUGCUGUAAUUGAAGGUGUGGACAGAUAUCAAUGCCACGAUUUGAAAGAAAAACCAAAAAUGAGCAUGGACCGUCGACUUAUCAUGGGAUUGGUAGAGCCAAAAGAUGAUGGGGUUUAUCUUUGCGCAAUUAUCGAACAUUUGGUUUCCUUGCAGAACGAAUUUUUACAAGAAGUUAUGUUAAUUCCUCCUGGAACAUGUAGAUCUCUCAAGUUUUUAGAAGAGUCCUUAAAAAGCGAAUCCGGAAAUACCCCUGCCCGUUAUUAUGUUCAAUCGAUGACUGCCGAACAAGCAAGAAAAGAUAACAUCAUAUCUUAUGUGUGGGAUGACGAUUAUGACGGAAUCCUCGAGUUUAGUGAAAGAAAUUUAGGGGUUGGACGCGGUCAAGAUAUCAUAUAUGAUUUACAAAAGAUUGAAAUCGAGCUUUCUAGGUGUUUGGUCUCCGAAAAAGUUCAUAUAGAAGCAUUAAAUGAGUCUUCAUACAUGGAAUGCUUUCCAUAUCACAUGGAACUAUUCCAAUCUUCCAUGAGAAUCUUAGGUGACAUAAGAAACUUAAUACCACAAGAACCAAUUCCUACUGAGAGGGCUUUGAUGAUCAAAGGAUCUUCAGCAAGUCCAUAUGAAUUUAUGACAAAUCAAAUGGAUACUUCGUUAGACAACCCAUCUGACAUACUUUCAGCCUUAGAAAUUCUUCUGUGCUUUAUAAAACGUACUCCUGGUGGAGGCGGAGAAAUAGAAAUCAAAGAAUAUAUUUCCAAAUGGGCAUCCCUUUCAGAAAUUUCAGAAAAUGACAGAUUCAAGAACAUAUUGAAUGCAGAUCUAAAACUUAAACAUUUAGUUGGAUUAUAUGAACUAAUUGAAGAACAAGUAGCAAAUACAUCUGUGAGAUAUAUUCAUGACAAGUACAAAGCCAAGCUAUCACGGGAAAUGGAAAAUGAAUUGAUGGAUAAUGUUGAUUAUGCAGUACCUGCUCCGCAAGAUCUUCUUCCAGCUGAAGCCUGCGCUUUGGUAUUAAAAAGAUUCAUGUACCGAUAUUUACAGGGAGAAAAUCAAAAAGAAAAUGAGCCUCUAUACCUUUAUGUUUGUGAUGAAUCCUUACAUUUCUGGCCUUCAUCGGUUCCUCAAGAGUUAAUCGAUAGACUAUUUCCUGAAGAAAUACUUGUGGCGAAUAC